AUGUCGGCCGCAAAACCUCCAGAAACAUCACUGCAAAAUUUCCCUGCUCAAACGACGACGUUCAUCGAUGCUAAAGUGGAGGUAAAGGACACCCAAAACGAAUUUCUGUACAAGGUGGAACUUCCAGGGCUGAAGAUAGACGAAGUGAGCGUGGAAGUUGAGGAAGGAAACGUGCUGAAAAUAAGCGGCAAAAGGUGCGUCAAGAAAGAAGAAGCAUUGCAUGUGGUGAGCUACGUCGGCGAAUUCAUGAAACGAUAUAGGUUGCCUGCAAAUAGCAAGCCUGAUGAAACGACGAGUCGUUUUGAGAAUGGAGCUGUUAUUGUCAGCGUUCCAAAGGGAGGAACCAUCGGCAAACCUGCUAGACGGAUAACAAUAGUCAACACCGCAGCAACUCAGGUUUAA